ACGUCCUCGUCACCAAAUCCACUGAGAUUCCAUCUUUGCCAAGUCAUUCCGACUGGCUUCCGUCUGAAAAACUGUCUGUGGCUUUGAAAUCUGUAAAGAGUCAUGGAAAACAUCCUUUAGAUGGUAGCAGCACACUUUGAUAACGACCGACCAAAUACUUGUUCUACUUGAUAAAGUUAUCCUAUCUUUUUUCUUUUGUUUUGUUGUUUUGAGCUUUUGAGGAGGAAGAGAGUGAUAAUGGGGAAGACAGUCAAGUUUCCAGGUAUUACUGAGGAACUGCAGAACAUAUUGGAUGCUAAUAUGGACCAAGUGGAUGCGAGGCGUCGUGCUCGUGAGGCGUUCAAGGAUAUUCAGCUGUCAAUUGAUCAUUGUUUGUUUAAGGUUUUGCAAUUUGGUGCUUAUUCGACUGACAUUCAUAUCAACUGCCUUUUUGGCUUACAAGAUUGGCUUUUGUUUCCUCUGAUUGAGUUGUUUUAUGCAUAUUUUGGUUGAUUUGAAAAUAAUCAGAACUCUCAAUUUCUAGAUUAUUUAUGAUGGGCUUUGGUUAUAAUUGAUGAGGAAAUGAGUGAUAGUUGACUUCUGAGAUUACUUGAUUUAUGAUCUCUACAAUUUGCUUCUGGUGCCAGAAAAGAAGAAAGAAAUAUGGUUUCUUUUGUUUUAUAGUUAAUUUCUGUUUGCAUUUGCUUGGUAUAUUUUGUUGCUUUUGUGUUAUGGUUAGUUUUGAUGAGGAGUUGGCAGUUGGUAAGUGGGUUUUGUGUAUGCUGGGGUUGGUGAUUACUACAACUUAAUGCUUUUUGAGGACUGAGGCAUAAUUAUGACUAGGGCUGCUUGCACACAAAAUUCAUGGGGGUGAUAACAAAACAGUGAGAUAUGGAGAGAGAUAGAUUUAAGAAUGUGAAAAGACCAACAAAUAUGGGAAGUUAGGGAGGGAGGUAGUGUAUAAUAUAGAUAUUUCAAUGAGGACACCAAACAUCCCUCCCUCUUAAUUAAUAGUAUAGACAACAAGAUGUGAUACUUUCCUAUGUCUUUAGUGGGGCUUCCUUAUUUUUUGCCAAGGAAUAUACUUCUUACCCAUGGUGUAUGGAAAAGCAAAACUUUAGUAGAAUGUUUGGGGUUUUGUAGACAGGUCAGGAGUGUAGGUACUUGGAUGUUUGGAGGCUUAGAUUGGCCUCCCCAUCCCCAUCACCCCAAGAAAAUUAUGAGGAAGUACAGUAUAUGAACUUGAAUCGGCUCUCAUUUCUAUGAUUUUUGCACAUCCAAUAAAAAUUGAUUAAAAAACGUAGAGCUUGGCAAUGGCAUCGACAGUGGUUUUAUCAUAUCAACACAGACUAUUAUCUUUUUGCCUUUUGGUUCGCUUUUAACUAGAGUUCAACACUGCAAGAUGAGUAGCUGCAUUUAUUGAGUAUCAACUACUUCAAUUUUCUCUUUGCAAUCACAUGCUGGAUAUUUUUCUCAAUUUAUGCCUUGUGACACAAUUGAAAGUGCAUCAGUAUUGUGCCCUAUAACCUCCAUUUGGUACUUUGAGAUGACAACAGGAAAUUUAUGGGCAUCGCCUCAGAAUUUUACAAACAGAAGCUUUAAGGAGAAAAACUUCCUUUAUCUUCCUAAAUCUUUAUGAGUACCAAAGAGAAAUUUUUUUCCUUAUGACUCUAUAUUUUUUCUUUAAGUGUGCAUUUUCGAAAUUUGUAAAUUAAUGGUAACAAUUUUUGGUUUUGUUUUUUUGCAUUUUGCCUCUAUUGGGACCACCGAGUUUUCCUUCCCUUUCAUUUGUCUGGAUAUGGUGAAAGUAAUAACUGGUUAAUUGCUCUGUUUCUCAAUCUAAGUUACUUUCUUUGACUGCUAUCUUUUGUUAAAUCUAGUAUGUAGAGGCUCAUUUUACAUUUCUUUGUGUUUAAAUGUCGUACAGAUGCCAUGUGAAGGAUUGAAGAUAAAGGAGUCUUACAAGGUGAACUCUAGAGGGUUGGAAGUUUUCUCAAAAAGUUGGCUCCCAGAGACCCGUCCCCCCAAAGCAGUGAUUUGUUUUUGUCAUGGUUAUGGAGACACCUGCUCAUUUUUCUUUGAAGGAAUCGCUAGGAAAUUAGCAUCAUCGGGAUAUGGAAUUUUUGCAAUGGAUUAUCCAGGAUAUGGUCUUUCAGAAGGUCUUCAUGGCUAUACUCCAAGCUUUGACCAGCUGGUCGAUGAUGUCAUUGAGCAUUACUCAAAAGUUAAAGAGAUCCCAGAGUUCUGUAGUCUCCCAAGCUUCCUGUUCGGACAGUCUAUGGGUGGGGCGGUAGCUCUGAAGGUUCACCUGAAGCAUCCUGAUGCAUGGAAUGGUGCCAUUCUUGUUGCACCUAUGUGCAAAAUUGCAGAUGUUAUGGUUCCACCGUGGCUGGUUACGCAAAUUCUAAUUGGCAUUGCGAAAAUUUUUCCGAAGCAGAAGCUAGUUCCACAAAAGGAUAUUGCUGAAGCGGCAUUCAGAGACCCGAAGAAGAGAGAACUGACUGCCUACAAUGUUAUUGCUUACAAGCAAAAACCGCGUUUGGGAACUGCUGUGGAGCUACUCAGAACCACCCAAGAGAUUGAACAUGAACUGGAAAAUGUCUCUCUGCCAUUACUGAUCUUGCACGGUAAGGCUGAUAUAGUGACAGAUCCAUCUGUAAGCAAGGCUUUGUAUGAGAAGGCAAGCAAUUCAGACAAGAAACUUAAUCUUUACGACAAUGCUUAUCAUUCCCUUCUCGAUGGUGAGCCCGAUGAGAUGAUACUCACUGUUUUUGGUGAUAUCAUUUCAUGGCUUGAUGAGCAUACUUAA